AUAUUUAAAUAUCAUUAUUUUCAGAACAGAUUCAUUUGGAUUGUGGAAACUUUUUUUAAAGAUAAUUGACCAUGGAUUCAGUUGAUGCUGUUUCUGAAAUUGAAGAAGGAUGGUUCUCCACAAUGGAUACCAUCUUGAUAGGAGCAUUGAUAGCUGUCAUAGCUUGGUAUUACUUCAGAGGUAGAGGUGACAAUGAGGAUGUUCCUCCAGCCAACAUUCAUAUCAGUUCAUCUCCACUCAUGCGGACAUCAGACCGCUCCGAUGACAGCAGCUUCAUUGGCAAAAUGAAAAGAUCAGGCAGCAAAGUUGUGGUCUUUUAUGGAUCACAGACUGGAACUGCUGAAGAAUUUGCUGGACGGCUUGCCAAGGAUGCCACAAGAUAUGGAUUAAAGAGCAUGGUGGCAGAUCCUGAGGAGUUUGAUAUGAACGACCUUGCUCAGCUGCCUGCUGAAAUAGAUGACCACCUUGCCAUUUUCUGCAUGGCCACAUAUGGUGAAGGCGACCCCACUGAUAAUGCUGCUGAGUUCUAUCAGAUGCUCAUAGACCAGGAACUUGACCUCAGCAAUCUUAACUUUUGCGUAUUUGCAUUGGGAAACAAGACUUAUGAGCAUUACAAUGCAACUGGCCGCUAUGUCAACAAAAGGUUGAUUGAAUUAGGAGCCAAGUGCAUACAUCCCAUGGGGGAAGGAGAUGACGAUGCCAACAUGGAAGAUGACUUCAUCACUUGGAAGGAUGAAAUGUGGCCGAAGGUGUGCGAGUUCUUUGGUCUGGACGCAACUGGUCAAGACAUCAACAUGAGGCAGUACAGUCUCACUGAGCUCACCAACCCUGACCCUAACAAAACUUUCACUGGAGAAAUAACAAGACUUAAGUCACAUUUGCCUGACAAGCAGCGGCCGCCGUUUGAUGCCAAAAAUCCAUUCAUGUCGCGGGUUUUAGUGAACCGCGAACUGCACAAAGGAGGCGGCAGGAACUGUCUGCACAUUGAACUUGACAUCACGGACUCUAAAAUUAGAUAUGAUGCUGGUGACCACGUGGCAGUUUACUCGUGCAACAACCCUGAGCUGGUGGAGGGCUUGUGUUCAAUGCUUGGCAAGGACCCUGACACCGUCUUCAUGCUCACCAACCUCGAUGAGUUCAGCAGCAAGCGGUCGCCUUUUCCAUGCCCCUGCAGCUACCGCACGGCGCUGUCUCACUACGUUGAUAUCACCUCACCUCCGCGUACACACGUCCUCAAGGAGUUCAUCCAAUACGCUUCUGAUGAGAAGGACAGGGAGCAACUGGUGCUGAUGACGAGCACUACAGACGAGGGCCGCGCCGCGUACCAGGAGUGGGUGGUGAAGAGCGCCAGGACCGUGAGUCACGUCCUGGAGGACUUGCCCUCUUGUCGGCCGCCCCUUGAUUACCUCUGUGAGCUGCUACCCCGUCUACAGGCCCGCUACUACUCCAUAUCUUCCUCUCCUAAGGAGCACCCGUCCAGCGUGCACGUGACGGCCGUGGUGCUGCAGUACGAGACUCUCACGAAGCGCAUCAACAAAGGCGUCGCCACCAACUGGCUCAUGGCACGUCAGCCAACGCAAGACCAGCAGUACACUGUGCCCAUCUUCGUCAGGAAGUCUCAAUUCAGACUGCCCAUCAAGAGCGAGGUGCCCGUGGUUAUGAUCGGCCCUGGCACGGGCAUCGCGCCCUUCAGAGGGUUCCUGCAGGAACGAGACGUCGCUUUCAAGAGAGACGGCAGUGUGGGCAAAAUGUUGCUGUACUUCGGAUGCCGCCAGAAAGCUCACGACUACAUCUACCAGGAGGAACUUGAGCAGUACGAAAAAUCCGGUCUUGUCACGCUUCGUCUAGCCUUCAGCCGUGACCAGCCAGAGAAGAUUUACGUGCAGCACCUGCUUGCUCAAGAUGCUGCGCUCGUCUGGGACCUCAUUGGUAAACAGAAUGGUCAUCUCUACGUCUGCGGUGACGCCAAGAACAUGGCUCGGGAAGUGAACUUGACCAUCAUCGACAUCUGUCGCAAGGAAGGCGACAUGACUCAACAGCAGGCCGAGGACUACGUCAAGACAAUGAUCCAGAAGAAGCGUUACUCCUCAGAUGUCUGGAGCUAAAGCAUUGAAAGCCUUACACAACUGGCUGUUUCCACUAUACCAAUCACGAGCCUUCCUGAAAGUCCGACAGCAUCAAGUGGUAAACAAUCUUUGUCAACAGUUGACGGCGAUUUAUCAUGAAAUAGGAUGAAAUACAAAAUUACUGCAUAAUUUCUGAGAUGCGUGUUUACACUGUUGAUAUUUGUGGUGAUAUUAAAUUUUAAUGAUGUAAAAUGAAAUGAAGCUGUGCAAUAUUCACUUGUUUUUUUUUUGCGAAUGACAAAUUACUUGCAGGUAUUUUGUGUUAAGGCUGAUUUCGCUCCAGUUCUUCCAGUCACGGUUUUAAUGUUAAUCACUUAUCACACAUCCCAUCUUUUUUAGAACACAAAUCUUUUAUAACUGGUUUAUAAUGUUUUAUGUGUUCUGGUUUCCUCCUCAAGAGUAUUGAUCCAUAGAUUGCAAUUUUAUUUUUUAACUUCAUUCCAAUUACAAUACAUUUCAUUUCAUUCAGUAUUUCAAUAGUCGCUUCAAAUCAUCGCUAAUUUCGAUGAAUGUAUAUUUGUCAUCAUGCCAACCAUGAUGCUUGUGUACCCUCGAAAAUUCCGUGUUGCAGUACUCUUAAUGAGGAGCAUUUAUUUGGGAAUUAAAUGGUCUCUAAAUUAAUUAAAUUGCCGUGUGAAAUGGUCUCUAGUUUUCCAGUCUAUGCGAUGAUUUCUGUUCUGAAGAUCUGUUGCGAAGUUUAGCUUUGUAUUACUAUUCAUUAUGAUUUGGCA